AUGCCAAGACCAGCUUCAGCUCAAUCUGAACAAGAAGACAAUACUGAUUUACUAUUAAUUGAAGAAUAUGAACGAUUAAAUAAUCAAUUAAGAAUAUUACAAAAUGAACGUCAAAAACAAACUGAAGAAUUUACUGUUAAACUAGGAAAAUAUAAAAAAGCUACAGAAAUAUUAGAAAAAGAAAAUGAAGAAAUUAAAUGUUUGUUAACAUUAGUAGAUAGCGAACAAAAUAGAAAACAAGAUAUGAAAUGUAUUGAACAAUUAAAACAAAUUUUAAAAGAGCAAGAUAAUAUACAAUUACAAAUUGAUGAAUUAAAAACUUAUGGAAAACGUUUAGAUAAUGAGACACGUAAACUAGAAAAUCUUAUCCAAGAAAAACAACAAAUUCGUAUGAUACAAACUAAAAAAGAAACUGAGACCAAUGAAUUAAAAUUACAAAUUGAAAAAAAAUUAGUUACUAUGGAAAAUAAUUUACAUGAAAAAAAUAUGAAAUUUUGUGAUGCAUUAGCAUAUAAUAAUAAAAUACGCCAUGAAAUAGAAUGUGCUAGAAAUGAACGAAAUAUUUAUUAUGCAAUACAUCAAAAAUUAAAAGAUAAAUUAAUACAUUUAAAUAAAUUAAAAAUUAAAUUAAUUCAACAAGCAAGUCUUACAUAUGAUCAAAGAGCGGAUGCCAAAAAUAAAAGUAAUGCAUUAAAAGAAAAAAAUGAUAAAGAUAAUAUUGGAUUUGAAACUGAAAUGAAAGAUUUACAAAGAAUUAUUGAUCAUAAUGAUCAAUUAAAAAAAUUUAUGACAAUUAAAUCAGAUGAACGUUUAGAUUGGAAACAGAAAGCAGAAAAUCGUCGACGUAAAUAUGGUGCUACUGGUGAAAUAGCACAACAACAGAGAAGUAUAAAAAUUCAAGAAUAUGAAUCAGCAAUGAAUCGUUUACAAUUAAUCACUGGAAAAUCUGAUGUUGAACAAAUGACUAGAUAUUAUAAACGUAAUGAAGAUGAUAACUUUACAAUGUUUAAAUAUGUGACUGAAUUAAAUAAUCAGAUUGAAUGCUUAAAUGAUAAUAUCAUAAAUAUAGAGAAAACAAUUAAUGAAUACGAUGAAGAACAAAAAGUAAUUGAAAGACAAAGAGUUAAUAAAAUGACUGAAUUACAGGCACAAAUCAAGUCCGAUAAAGAAGCAGCUAAUACAGCUGAAAAUCGUACAAUACAUAUACAUAAAUUAUUAGAUCAAAUUAAAACAGAAAUAAAACAGUUAACCAUAAAACUUGGUUGUGAUUUAUCUAGAAUAACCGAAAUGCUUGGCGGUGAUGGUGAUCAAAUAACUGAAAGAAAUUUAAUGCUUUAUCUUAACGUAUUAGAACAAAGAGUAGAUGAAUUAUUAUCAGUUAAAUGUUAUUCACAAACUAAAGGACAUAGUGAUGAGAUGAUUCAAGAAAAUCCGAAGAUAACUUUGGCAACAAAUUUCAUGGAAACCGUAAGAACAAACAGAGAUACAUCACUUGUGUUACCAUCUUUACAAGAUGAAGAUGAUACCAAUGAUGAUGAAAAUACACCAACAUCAAUUCGUCCAUUAUCACAAGCUGAAAUAAUUGGUCGAGUUACACGUCAAUUACAAAAAUUGGAAGCGAAACACCAUCCAUCUAUGAAUACAAAUAAAACUUACAGUCGUGUGUCAUCACCUAAUAGGCGACUAAAAAUUCGUAUGUAA